GAUGGUGAAGAGGGGGACUAAGGAAGAAGAGAGAAAGCGGCUUAGGAAAAUCUGGAAGAUAGAGAUGAAGAGGAGGCUGGCUUUGAAAAAGCAGAGCGAGGAAGACGCCGGGCCAACAAAUGAGAAGAGAAAGAGUGAUGAGGAUGAGGAGGAGCUCAGGAAGAAAACAAAGAAUACUGCAGAGGGGAAAGACCCGGGUCUAAGGAAGCAUUUGAUGAAAAUUAAGAACCAAAAAGAAGCAAAGCAAAAAGAGCUAAAAGAGGCGGAGCUUCAGAAGAUUGCUAAGAAACAACCAAAAGUGGCGGACCUUCAGAAGAUUGCUAAGAAACAACCAAAAGUGGCGGACCUUCAGAAGAUUGCUAAGAAACAACCAAAACUGGUGGACCUUCAGAAGAUUGCUAAGAAAGGGCCCAAAGAGGCAGAGCUGCAGAGCAAGAUCACUAAGGCCUCAUCAAAAACUAAGAAGAGAAAAAGCAAUGAGGAUGAGGACCUGCUUGAGAAGAAAACAAAGGACACUGAAGAGGAGAAAGACCCAGGUUUAAAGAAGCAUUUGGUGAAAAUUAAGAAGCAAAAAGAAGCAAAGCGAAAAGAGCUAAAAGAGGCGGAGCAUCAGAAGAUUUCUAAGAAACAGCCAAAAGAGGCGGACCUUCAGAAGGAGAUCAAUAAGAAACAGCCAAAAGAGGCGGACCUUCAGAAGAUUAGAAAGGGCCCAAAGAGGCGGAGCUUCAGAAGCUGAUUGGUAAGAAUGAGCCAAAC